CGAAGAUGUCCGCGCCGCCAUGGCGUACACAUUUCCAUAUACCUACUACUCAUGCUCCUGCCACGAGACACGAAUCUCCCCGGGAGCUUCGAAACGCUCGUCGCACCCGCCUCCCGCCGAGGACGAAGAAGACGAACAGACGUUCGAUCCCAAGAACCCCCGGUCCAACUACUCUCUCUACCCGCUCGAACAUCUGCUGUACUGUGAGGACUGCCGCCAGAUACGAUGUCCACGAUGCGUAAUAGAAGAAACGUUGAAUUGGUUCUGCCCGAGCUGCCUUUUUGAGGUGCCCAGCUCGGUGGUGAAGAGCGACGGAAACAGAUGCACGAGGAACUGCUACAACUGCCCCGUAUGCAGCGCACCGAUGCCCGUAGCCUCGCUGGAGGAUCCCGCCAACCCCUCACCGAACGGGGGGCCCUUCAUCCUCUCCUGUCCGUACUGCCACUGGUCGACCGCAGAGAUCGGCAUCGAGUUCGACAAACCCACGGGCAUCACCAGCCAACUUGCCCGCAUCGCCAACGGCGGCAACCCCAUGCCCACGCAAAAGGACAAGGACAAGGAACGCGACCGACGGAAAGAAUCCGAAAGCCGCAAACUUCAGGACCUACUACUAUCCGGCACGUCCUCAUCCUCCGCCGCCGACUCAUCUGCUGCCUCCACUUCCUUCGACGACAUCUACGCCAGCACCUCGGGCCCCACGCACGACGACCUCUUCUCCAACCUCUCGGCAUUCUACAAAUCGCAAUUGGCGCUGCAGACCCCCUCGAACCCCUUCUCCCCGCACAUGGACCUCAACUUCGCCUCGCCCUCGUCCUUCUCGCGCAUCAUGAACCUCUACUCCUCGACCGUCUCCAAGAAGCAGAAACGCGACAAACCGGUCCCCAUGCGCGAAGCCGCCUCCGCCCUCGAAGGCCUACGCAUCCAUUCCCCUUCCACCGACGUCGACACCAUCGAGCGCCUCCGGAAAGAAGGAUGGAACGCCAGUGUGUCACCCGCCCAGCGUCUCGCGCAGCCGAACCCGAAUGUACGCCUGGCGUCCGAGCUGAGGCCAGUCGCGACGCUGCUCUGCACGAAGCGCGGCAAGCGGUGCGCGACGUGCCGACACAUAUUGUCGAAACCCGAGGCCAAGAUCACGAGCACGCGGUACAAGAUCAAGUUGUUGGCGCUGAACCAUGUGCCCAGGAUCAGCGUGCGGUGGUUGUCUCCUACGCCCGCGGCGGCGUCGACGACAACGAUCAACUCUACCUCGUCGUCCUUUGGAUCCGGGAUGCCGAAUCCAGCAAGUGUAGGCGCACCAUCAGCGGCGGCGGGGACGUUUGAUUACGAGAACAUCAAACCCGGGAUCCCGACGCAUUUCAUCUUACACGUGUCCAACCCCUUGUUCGAUCCCAUUCGCGUCACGCUCGCGACUCCGAGCAUUACCCCCGGAAAACUGCAGUCGCGCGUCACGCUGCUGUGUCCGCAGUUUGAAGUCGGGGCUAAUACGGACGUCUGGGACGAUGCGUUGGGGGGUGGUGGGAGGAAGGGAAGUGUUUCCGUGGGUGCCGGCGGGGGGGAUGGACAGAUUGAGGCGGGUAAAGUGUGGGAUCGGGGACGCAAUUGGACGAGUGUGGUUAUGGAGAUUGUGCCUGGGUUGGGGGUAACGGGUUCGGGUGCUGGUGAUGACGAUGACAAUGACAAUGACGACGAAGAGUUGGAUGAGGAUGACGCUGUGUUGGAGAUUCCCAUUUUUGUUCGCAUAGAGUAUGAGACGGAGGUUGGGGCGGAGGAAGGCAGGAUCGGGAUGGGUCCUGGGGAGAGGGGUGGCAAGGGAGGGGAGGCUCAACAGGUGCAGAGGGAGAAGAGGGAGGAGGCGUUUUGGACGGUCGUGGGUGUGGGGAGGGUGCUGCUGUUUUGAUGAUGGACUUUGUAUGUGAACGGACGGUGAAGAACAGGGAGGGGGAAGGUUGUCAUGGUAGCGUAUUCGAUGAGCAUUAUACCCCUUUAUUUCUACUUAUAUGAAUAAAU